UUCAAAACCAGAAAGUUCAUCAUAAAGAUCAUACAACUGAAGUAAAGUUUUCACAAUUAGAAAAAACAAGAAAGCUUUUUGGUUUGACCUCUUAUGUUCACAAUCUAUUUAUUCGUGAAAUUUACAAAUUUUCCCAGUUGGUGCUGAAUAAUGCUGAAUAAGCUAAAUUUCUUGACGGCCUAACGUAGUAAACGUUUGUCAAAGUGCUGUAUUUGAUUUUAAUAAAAUCGUUGCACUAUAGUGAUAACAACAAAUUAUAAUUGUAUUUUAAACUUUAUGAUACAAGUUAUAAACGAAAGAACAUUUCACAUUCGUAAAUUAAUACAACGUCAUGAGACCUUUUCAAAGGAGACAACAGGGUUUGCAAUACGGCAUUUAUUUGCUAUGUAUGCAAGCUCUAAACUAUGGUAUUGAUAAAAUUCCACCAGCUACUUUAAUUACAAUUAUCGCACAGGUUUUACUAUAUGUUGGUUUGAUAAAAGUUCCAUGGAAUGCAGAGGAAGUAUGCAUAUCAGCGAUAAAAGUAUUUAAAUACCGUGAUUGGAAUUCUUUUUUAAUAUCAAAUUUUGAACAUGGUUCAGAUAUGCACUUGUAUUAUAAUAUGGUAUCUUUGAUUUUGAAAGGUUCAUAUUUAGAACCUAUGUAUGGAACAAUAAAUUUUGUCAUCCUAUUAGCUAUUCUUUCGUUUGGAUGCAGUACUAUGUAUGCAGGAUUAGGCUAUGCUUUAAUGCAGUUAACAGGGGAUUAUGGAUAUUAUACACAAUGUGCUAUUGGUUUCUCUGGUAUUUUAUUUGCAUUAAAAGUAAUUGUAGUGUGUGAAGAGUAUGAUAGAAUUCAGGAUGUUGGAGGAUUUAGAGUUUCCAGUAAAAUUGCUGUUUGGGUUGAACUAAUUUUAAUUCAUCUGUUAGUUCCACAAUCUUCAUUUAUAGGACAUCUUGGGGGUAUUUUAGUUGGUUGUUUAUAUUGUUAUACUUUUAUUGGUGAAAUAGUUGAUAACAUGAUAUAUGCCAUAACUGGUACUCCUAUUAUACAUGAAGAACAAUUUUAUAGAAGACGUAGUUCAUUAUUUAGGUAAAUUGAAACUGUUAUAAAUUUCAAAUAACAGAAGAUAUUAAAUUAUUAUUACCAAGAACUCCAAUGUUUAUAUUAAAAAAAUUCACCUAAAAGAUUGUAUAACUGCAUAUUGAUUGACUGAUACAAAUUAAGUUCCAAACAGCACAUGCUUCCAACUUACACAAAUCGUUAAAUAUAUAUAUAUUUAUGGAUAUUAAAACAGAAUAUUUUCUUUAAUUGUAUAAGUUUUCUUUUCAAUCUAAUGUCUGUACAAUAGUUUCUCCAGGCCAUAAUUAAAAGAAUAUUAAAAUUAUUUACAAAUUAUAUAUAUAUAUAUAUAUAUAUAACUGUGAAGCUAUAUUUUAAAUUGUUUAAUAUUGUAAAUAAUAUUUAUUACAAUAGAUAGGAUAAUAAAUUAAUUUUCUGUUAA